AUGGCCAGCCAGAAGCUUGCCCAGGGCAGUGGGCACUGUGUUAGCAGGAUCUGUGGUCAUGUCCAAGACCUCUGUAUCCAGUCCAAGCCUCAGAGGCAUAGCCUGGACUUCAGAUGUCUCAGUGGCAGUUUCUCCCAGCACCUGACCUCCAACAGCCACACCACAGGCAUUCCCACAGGUCCUGAGAGACACAGGGAGGAUUCAUCCUGCUGCACAGCACUCAGAAUCACACCACUCUCAGCCUUCCAGAUCCUCAAGAAAUCCAUGAUGGAUAGACGCCACAUGGCAGCAGCUGCUCCAGGCAAUAAUGUCAUGGCCACCCCAAGCCAAUGCCACAACACCAGCCAGGUAGAAAGACCUCAGCAGAGCUGUCCUUCGCAGGACCCUGUGGUCAGGAAGAAGCAUAGAUCAUUGCCUUUUGCUGCCACCAUACCCAGACACAGAGACUUCCCUGCAGUGGACAGCAACCUCCUUCCACAAGCUGCCUUCCCUGAGGCCCGCAAGCACUCCCCACGGGGCACGGAGAGAGCAGGACCCUCUGCUGAGUGCAGGAGCCUUGGAGCCAGCAUUCACCAGCCAGCAGGAGUGGACGUGGGCCAUCUGAAUCACGCUGCAUCUGAAGAUGACUACCUGCCCAGGAGCACGGAUCCCUUCACACUGCAGGCCAUGCAGAGAUCAGGUGGGAAUUCCCAUAAUGUCCGUAAUCCCAGGAACCCAGGGAGCCCUCAGUUUGGCUCUCAUAGCUGCUCACGUGAAGCCCUUCCGUCACACAAAGGUCUUGUAAGACCUGGUGAGAUCCCACCACCCGAUGUUGAGUAUCGCCUCGAGCUGGGCUGGCAAGGUCCCACUGAUGAAUGGCUCAAGCAACUGGAACUUGGGUGGGGACAGACCUUGGGGCCUCAUCCCCUUCAGGCAGAUCAUGGGGUUCCCCUGCCUGGCUCACCAGCCCCAACUGUGAUUCUGCCCAUCCCAUUCUGGACCAACUUAGCCCAUUCCACAUCUGCUCAUCAUACACUACUUCCAGGCUCUGGUCAUGUUGGCCUCCAAAAUCUAGGAAACACAUGCUUCUUGAAUGCUGUGCUACAGUGCCUGAGCAGCACUCGGCCUCUUCGAGACUUCUGUCUACGAAGAGACUUCCAUCGAGAGGUGCCUGGAAGGGGCCAGGACCAAGAACUUACUGAAGCCUUUGCAGAUGUGAUUGGUGCCCUCUGGCACCCUAACUCCUGUGAAGCUGUGGAUCCUGCUGAAUUCCAAUCUGUCUUCCAGAAAUACGUUCCCUCCUUCUCUAGAAACAAUCAGCAGGAUGCCCAUGAGUUCCUGAGACUCCUCAUGGAGCGACUACACCUUGAACUCAACAGACAAGGUCGCCGGGCUCCACCAAUCUUGGCCCAUGAUCCAGCUCCCUCUCCGUCUCUCAGAGGAGAGACUCUGCUCAAAGAACCUGAGUUAACUGAUGAUGAUCGAGCCAACCUAAUGUGGAAGCAUUACCUGGAACGAGAGGAUAGCAAGAUUGUGGACCUGUUUGCCGGCCAGUUGAAAAGUUGUCGCAUGUGCCAGGCCUGUGGGUAUCGCUCCGUGACCUUUGAGGUUUUUUUUGAUCUGUCCCUGCCCAUCCCCACGGAAGGGUUUUCUGGGGAGAAGGUCUCUCUGUGGGAUUGUUUCAACCUUUUCACCAAGGAAGAAGAGAUAGAGUUUGAGAAUGCCCCAGUGUGUGACCGAUGUUCCCAGAAAACACAGAGUAUCAAAAAGUUGACAAUACAAAGAUUCCCCUCAAUCCUCGUUCUCCAUCUGAAUCGAUUCUCCACCUCCCAAGGCACCGUCAAGAAGAUUUCAGUGGAUGUAGACUUCCCACUGCAGCAGAUGAGCCUCGAGGACUUUACCAGUGACAGAACUGUGAGCCCUGUUUGUGAGCUUUAUGCCCUGUGCAACCACUCAGGCAGUGUCCACUCCGGCCACUACACAGCCCUGUGCCGAAGCCAGACUGGUUGGCAUGUCUAUGAUGACUCUUGUGUCUCCCCUAUAAGUGAAAAUCAAGUGGCAUCCAGCGAAGGCUAUGUGCUGUUCUACCAACUAAGGGCCUGUGCAUCUUUCCAGCCGGCAGGAGUCUGCGAAGGAACCUUGGAUAGCAGGACUCAGGUCCUGCAGGACUCAGUUCCUCUGGUGCCCCUGAGCCGGAAACAAAUUCUUCCUCAGCCUUUCACAGUUUUGGACAUCUAUAAGCACUGGGAACAAAAUGUCAUGCCAUCCAGUUGGUAUAGGCAUUUCUUCUUGUCCUACAGAACCACAGAGCUCAGCCAGCAGCUGAAGUCAGAGAAGGCUCCAGCCCUGAACGCCAAAAAAGGCUAA